GAGUCGUUCUGUCAAGUGCCACUGCCAGCUACGGUCAAUUAUUAUUAUGACUAGGAAUAAGAAGACGCGAAAGCUAAAGCAUGCCACAGUGUCUUGUCUUAAGAACUGAUCAACCCAAUCAUUAGAUUUUAGCAAACGUGGGCGAUUUCGAUUUUGACUAGACAAAAAACAGAUAGAAAUUUGCGAUGUCUCUGUUUGGUGCUUACUCUAUCUGUGAAGUUGGCAAGGAUGCGGCUGGAGUUGCUGGGAACAUCUUUGCUUUUGGGUUGUUUGUGUCCCCCAUACCGACAUUUAGGAGAAUCAUCCGAAAUGGGUCAACAGAAAUGUUCUCCGGGUUGCCAUAUAUUUAUUCUCUCUUGAACUGCAUGAUCUGCUUGUGGUAUGGCACACCCCUUAUAUCACCUGAUAAUCUCUUGGUGACAACUGUUAAUUCUAUUGGAGCAGCCUUUCAGCUUGUGUACAUAAUCCUCUUCUUGAUGUAUGCUGAGAAAGCAAGAAAGGUGAGAAUGGUUGGAUUACUGCUAGCAGUUUUGGGCAUAUUUGUGAUCAUACUAGUUGGGAGCUUGCAAAUUGAUGACAGUGCAAUGCGCCGGAUGUUUGUCGGAUUCUUGAGUUGUGCUUCUCUCAUUUCAAUGUUUGCCUCUCCAUUGUUUAUAAUUAAAUUAGUGAUUCGGACAAAAAGUAUUGAGUUUAUGCCGUUUUAUCUUUCACUUUCCACCUUCCUGAUGAGCUUCUCCUUCUUUCUUUAUGGAUUGCUCAGUGAUGAUGCCUUCAUUUAUGUACCAAAUGGGAUAGGAACUGUUUUAGGAAUAAUACAAUUGGUAUUAUAUUUCUAUUAUAAAGGUUCAUCCAGUGAAGAGUGCAGAGAACCCUUGAUAGUGUCGUACGAAUGAUCUGUGCUGUGCUGCUGAAUGAUGGCAAAGUGAAGGUAUAACCAAAUGCACAAUAUGUGAUCAAGAUUUAUGGUCUUCACAUCAGUGUGAGGUGGUUCUCUGAAAUUAGUAAGCGGGCAUUCUUCUUGUAUGAAAUAGUUUCCAUGAGUUGAAUGAGUGAAUUGUAUGGUUUUGAUUAUGAAUUUUUCCCAUUCAAUUCAUGUAAAUGUUUGAAUUGAAACCUUUUCACAAUAUUUUAAUUCCAUGUCUGGAAUUGUCUUUUGUCAGCAUUUUAUCGUUACUAUGUAAGAAUGGAUGUUUUUCAUGAAAUGAAAGGAUGAAACCUUUGCAAUUA